GAGAUUUUGGAUUCCUGGACAAUCGCCAGUCUUCUGUUUGGUCUUUUGCUGUUUGUACUGUCAAUCAUGGGCCUAUUCGGAGGCAACAAGUUCAAUGUCCAGGGCAAGACGGUCCUUCUCACCGGAGCCUCGGAGGGCAUGGGCAAAAGCGUAGCCAAGCAAUUGGCUGCCAAAGGCGCGAAUAUCAUUAUAGUAUCGCGGAAUGUAGACAAGCUGAAGGAGGCGUUGGAACAAGUCAAGGCCGCGGCAGCAAACCCCUCAGCUCAACGAUUCCAAUACAUCAGUGCCGACCUCUCCGACCAGGACGAUGCUGCGCGCGUCGUCGCCGAAGCCUCGGCCUGGAACAAUGGCCACGCCCCGGAUGUCGUAUGGUGCAUCGCCGGCGCGUCAUACCCCCAGCUCUUCCUCGAGACGCCGAAAGCGAUCAUGCGGCAGCAGAUGGACAUCAACUACUGGUCGUGCGUAGAUAUGGCACAAGCAAUCUUGGGCUCGUGGCUCGCGCCGGCAUCUAGCAGCAAGGGGCGCGAACGGCAUCUUAUAUUUACGAGCUCGGUGGUGGCCUUCUAUCCCGUUGCAGGGUAUGCGCCGUACGCGCCUAGCAAGGCGGCGAUCAAGAGCUUGAGCGAUACGUUGGCACAGGAGCUGCUCCUCUAUGGCGAGGAUGUAAAGGUGCAUACCGUGUUCCCAGGCACCAUUUCGAGCCCUGGGUUGGAGAGGGAGAACCAGAGUAAGCCGGAGAUUACACACAUACUGGAGGAGUCGGAUCCGGUGCAGACGCCUGAUGUGGUUGCUGCAAGAGCUAUCGAUGGGCUGGAGAAGGGGCAAUAUCUAGUUACGGUUGGCUGGCUUGGUGCUGCGAUGAGGGCUUGUGCGUGGGGUGGCAGUAAGAGGAAUAGUUGGGUGCUGGAUACGUUGAUGACUUGGGUUACCAGUCUUGCCUGGCCAUUUGUCGCAUGGGAUCUGGAUGGGAAGGUGAAGGCUUAUGGGAAAAAGAAUGGCCAUCCGAGCACAUACGCAAAGACAGCGUCGGCGUAGACCGACUGUCGUACGGUCGAUAACCAGUGGUAAUAUCAGCGAUACCCAGGC